AUGGCUCCAUCAAUUGCAAGUGACAAACGAAGAACGCGUCAAACGACAGUGAAUUCAAUUAAUGAUGGUUCUCCAAUACGAAAGUCCAAAGCAACUCAUAAAAAGCAUAGAUCUAGUCUUUCGCCAAAGCAUGUAUCUACUCCAAUCAAGAUCCCAAUUAUAAAUUGCCAGCCUAGAUCAUUAUCCCCACAAGAAUUAAAUUCAUCACCAAUCAAAAAAGUAAAUUCGUCACCAACCAAAAAAGUUCUGCAACUGUCUUCCAACAAUUCUUCACCAAUACGAAGGAACUUUUUAUCUUCAUCUCCAAUUAAGAAAAAGAAGAGUGUUGCGUUCUCGGAUGAUUUGGUUUCGGAUCUUCCAAGUACUCCAGAUAGAAACUUUACUCCUAGAUCCAUUCUUAAAGCAUAUAAUUUUAAUUUGAAUCAUCUGGUUGUUGAUCCAAAUAAUACAGCAUUGUGGGAGAAACUGGUCAAUGGUCCAAAAAAUCCAAAUUUCUGGCUCCAAGGUACCAUUAUUCAACUUCCAGCCAAUUCUCCCGAUUUACAUCACUUGAUUGAAGGAUGUAUUCAUGUUUUACAAGACGACCUGUUCAAUAGAAGAUUUGAAGUUUAUGCCACGUUGAAUUCUAUAUGUAAAUCAAACACAAAUGAAGCAUUAGUGAAACUAUUCACAAUAUCACCCAAUCCUGUGAAUCCGACUCCUCCUAACAAAUCAUCUCCAAGUCAAAAUCAACACAAAUCAGAACCAAUUCAAAACUUAAUUAUGUGCUUAUCAGCUCAAAUACGUAGAGAUAUUGAGAUUACUGAACAACAAUUAUUCAGCUCAGAAUUGGAUAAAGAAAACAAAUCACCUUCCAAGAAUGAUCCAUUCCGAAUUAGAGUCAUCAGUCAAGCAUUGAAAUUAAUGAAUAUUCUUUUAAUGGACCAAGAAUUGAACAAUUUCUUACCCUUUGAUGACAUCGAGUGGUUUUAUCGCCAUGCAUGUGACAUAUUAGUUCAUCCUAGGGUUUCUAAAGCUCUAGUUUCUCCGUACUUACUUAUAAUCAAAGAUUGUAAACUCAGCCCAAAAAGAAAACGAUUAUUGUUUGAUAAUGGAGAAAUUCCGGAAAGAAUGCUAGCAAGCUUGGUUAAUAUGAAGGGAUUCCCUAGUUCAUCUUUAGUGACUGAGAAGUUUGUUUGCUUUAAGAAUUUUGUCCUUAACUUUCCUAAUAUAAUGGCUAAGAAUAUGGCACAUUGGUUUGGAUUAUUAAUUUUGAAUAUUUGUGACAUUAAUUCACCAUUUUAUUAUAAAUGCUUUUCAGUAGGGGUUAAUUGUCUUUUGGAAGUUGCAAAGGCUUUCCUUGAUAAUAAAAUGGUUCUGUUAUAUGUUAGAGAUUUCUUAGCUUCUGGUAUUCCUGCAAAUAUUAGAUCCAUCGCAUCUGGAACCCCAUUAGAAAUAGAUUCUGAAUCCCCCCAAUCUCAAAAGGUGAAAUCAAUAGAUAUUAUUACUUAUAAACUUGAAGAACUUAUAAGUGCUGGCCAAUACAAAUUUGCAAUGGAUAUUUGGGUGGCAUUGACAUUAUUAGUAGGUGAUUCAGGCUCGGGGUUUGAUAAAUGGGAGCAUUUAAAUCAAUGGUUACAAAUUCCAAAAUUUUGUUUCAAUUCUCAGGAUGUUCAAGCCAGAAUCUUGGCUUUGAGUUGUUGGAAAGCAGUUAGUUAUAAUUUAUGUCGAAAUGAUUUAGUUGAAAUUAGAAAAGUGUUGGACCCUAUUAUGAGAUCUUCAAAUGUUAAAGAUAGAUCACAAUUGAUAAAUAAUGCAGUCAAGACCAAAAUGAGAUUAUUAACUUAUUUAUUUGGAAGUUUUAAUGCAGCUGAAGUUCAGAAUGAAGUUGUGGAUACUUUGCAUAAUCUCUUUUGUUCAAUAAUAUAUUGUAUUGUCAAUCCUCAAGUUAUGAAACUGUCUACAAAAUACUUACAUGUCUACUGGGAUAAAAUGAUUCAGCUUGUGUUUAUGAAUUUUUAUUUCAAGAAGGAUGGUUCGACUGAGUACAUGCAUCAACUCGGUUUAAAAGUCUUGACAAGAUUCUUGAAAUUAUCAACACCAAUAAAUGAAAGAAACUUUAAUGAAAUCAGAUGUUUAUCCAAUGAGCUGGUGUCAUUGAAUGAGAUAAAUUCAUUACCCCCAAGAUGGAUCCAUUCGAAAUUUGAUAGAAUAAUGCAGAGUAUUAUCCUUGUUUUCCAACUGGAUCAACUCUACAUUGAACAAAAGGUGGAUUUAUUAAUUGCAUUCUUAGGUAGCAUAAGACCUGUAACUAAAAUGGAACCAAAAGUGUCGGCAACAACAUUCGAUAUCAUUGAUAAUAUUCCUGUGGUUUUAGAUAUAUUGCUUUCAUCCGGUUCGCCGCUUUCAUAUGACAUGAUACAUAAGAUUAUUCUUAAUUUGCAUGACACAUUUGAUCCCUCCUUGUUUGUUCAUAGAAGAAAUGACAUGGAAGAUAUUGAUACGGAUAGUAAUAUUUACUUCCCACUAAUGCAAAGCUGUAUGCCAAGAUGUUCCUCAGAGGAAACAUUAGAAUUACUUAAUUUGAUAGUCAGUUCACUUUCGGAAGAUAAAGUACUUGUAUUCAUUGCUGACUUUUGCAAACUUGAAUUGUCAGACAGUGCAAAGCAUUUAUUCAGUGAAGUGUUAAACAAGCGUAGUGUGGGUGUUUCCAAAUUUGAAUUGAAUUUGUAUGGAGAAAUCUGUGAACAUUUUGAUAUUGGUUUUGAUGUGUUUGUUAAGAGAUUAAUUCAGAGAAUUGUAUCAAUUCCAGAUAGUGAGGAACAAAGACGUUGCUUGACAUAUUUGAAUAUUGAAAAAUGGUGUAUGGAAACCAAGAUGUACUUUUUGUUACUUGUAAAGGGUGCACCAAAUACCCAUGUUCAACUGUUUACCACCGAUCUUCUAUUGAGGUGCUUUGAAGGGCAGGUUAAUUUUGUGGCAAUGUUCCAGUUUUUGGCUGAUCAAGGAUUAGAUGAUGAGAUUUUCAAUGUGCUGGGUGAAAUCAUAGAUAAGAUCAGAACUUUAGAUAAUGAACUUCAAUUGGAAGCAUUGCAAAUAUUAAGACGUUAUUUGACUAUUAAAUCGAACGAAGAGAACAAAAACUUCAAAUUGUUGGAUCGAUUACUCCUGCUUUGUUGUAUUGAAUUGAAUAUCAAUAUUGAAGAGUUUUUGAUAUUUGAAACGUCUCAAUUGACUGUGUUGGAGAGUGAAUUGAAUGAAAGAGGAUUAUGUAUCGGAAAUGGGAAAAUUGUUCCAGCAACAUCGUUUAGCAAUAGCAGCAGUACGUCUCAACAGACAGUGGAGACCCAAUUAGAUCAAGAAUCGACAGAGGUGGUGAAAAUCAAGCAGGAGAAUGAAGAUAUAAUUGUACCUGACUCUCUAGAAGGUGGAAUUGAAUCAGUUGUUUCCAGUGAGGAAAGAAGAACCAGCAACGUAGCAGAUGUGAGUGUUUUGCAAGUAGCUGAUUCAUUAAGAGAGCAGAUCCUAGAAUCAAAUACAUUGGGAGAAACAAUAGAAACUGACAGUGCAUCAGGUUCGUUGGAUUUCGCUUCGAAGAAAUCAGAUGCCGUGGUGCAAGAAUCGUCGAGUGAUAAUAAAAGCGUUGCAUCUAUAAGAAAGAAGAAACGUAGCAGUUCCAGAAAAGGGAAGAAGAAGUCAUCUAAGGUUAAAAAGGAAAAGGAAACUGGGAUGUCGAUUAUCCUGGAAGAAACGAUACAAGAUACUGAGGAAAAUGCAUCACUUUCAACAAACCAACAACAAGACUCGUGUUCGAUCACAGAAGUUAUGGAACGUGCGAGUGGUAGACUUUUAAGAUCUAGUGCCCGGGUUAGCAGUAGUGACAUUUCCAUGGAGGAAAACGAUGAUGUAUCUGAAGUAGAAGGCGAUUCCAUGUUAGAGUCAAUAAUGAAUGAAUCAGAUGAGAUUGAUGAUUCUUCUCCUUUUGAACUUGAACUCGUAUCCAACGAAAGUGAAAAGUCCACAGCAAAUGUUGAAAAUUCUUUGAAGAGAAAAUCUACCGAGGAGGACACAGAACCUUCCAAGAGAGCAAAAGUUGAUUCGCACAUAGUGCAUGAUCAAGACAUUCUUCCAGAUACCAAUAAUGAUUCGGAUGAUCAUGAGAAAACAGAAACAACAGAAGUUGAAGCUUCAACAACUGACGACCCUCCUGACACUAAGUCUGUAGAGUCACAAAACUUUGAGGCCCAUUCUACUAAGAUAUCGGAGGCUUGCGAAGUUGAUUCGGGAAAAUCUACAGUGGAGGAUAAACGAGCUUCAGAGUCCCGUCUUGCUGCCAUAGAAGAAUUUGACGAGAAGAUUGAUUCAAAUUCUCAAACAUCUCAAACCAGUAGUCUUGAAGAGUCACCUGAGUCACUAAACUUUAAGGGACAAUCAACGCUUGUCGAUGAAAAUCUAGAUCUAGUUAUUGAUACUCCAAAUGACAUCCAACAAAUAUGUGAUACCCCUAUGGAAACCAUUGAAGAAGAAGAACUGAAGGAACCACAAGAACUAUCGCUUGAACGUCUUCAUGCGGGCUUACCGGAAGUGGUUGAAUCAAGCGAUGAAAACAUGCGGUCUUGUCUUGUCACUACUGAUAUUGCUACCACACUGCAAGUUGUUGAAAAUACCGAUGAGCCAGAAAGCAUGGAAAUAGUAAGAAUUCAGGACCCAUCUGCUCAAAUUGUGUCCCAGCGUGAGUUGAACAUUGGUCAACUUGUGGGAAGCUUGGAAUCUGCCACUGAUGAAGAAUUAAUGAAGUUGACUCCUGAAGAAAAGUAUAAUAUAGAAACCAGUUUACUUAAUUUGAUGCUUCGUUUAAGAAGUGCUAGAUAG